UCGCACCAGCUGGGUUUAUCGAGCUGUGACGUAAUGCUCGACUGACCUUGCAAUGUUUGUAAAUACAACGAGAACAGACACACGUCGUAUACGAUUGAUACGAUUGUCACUGCACUGCCGUGGUACAAAUUUCGUGUUUUGCAAAGCAGCAAGGAGCAAACAGCUUCUUGUUGGCAGUGUUAUUAGACUUGUUUAUACGUUUACACGUUAUCUCGAUCAAUUUCAAGUGAGAGUUAACGAUGGAUUUUCAAGAGAUGGCUGUCAUCGACGAGCACGCUGUUUGCGAGGGUCCUGCUAGAAAGGAAUCAGGGAAGCGGGGUAGGAAACCAGGCAGAAAAUCUGCAGACAAGGUUGACAUGAGAGCCAAAUUAGAGCGUAGUAGACAAAGUGCCAGAGAAUGCCGUGCUAGAAAGAAGCUGAGAUACCAGUACCUUGAAGAAUUAGUUGCGGAUAGAGAGAAGGCCGUAUUUGCUUUACGAAAGGAAAUAGAACAGUAUAGCCAGUGGGCCAAACAGAUCGACGCUGGUCAAAUUCCUGAAGGGAUCCAAGAAACAUUGGAGGACAUCAUCAAGCAGGAACGCACCAAUAACAGCGCCGCAGCUAGCGCCACUACCGCUAGCGGCAGCUGUCCGAACUAAACCCGUACCCAUUUUCCUCCUGCCUGUUAUAUUUGUUGUGAUAUUUGUUUUUUGCGAAAAUCGGUGCCGCUAUGCGGGCACUAUCCAUAUGAAACUGUAAUCAGACUCUUAUAUUUAUUGUUAUUCCCGCAAAGCAUUUCUUAUGGAUGGAUUAUAUAUUUUAAGUACAA